CUUGAUCUGAGGAGGAUUGUGUCGCCACCUCGCUGUAGCAUUCUCUCUCUUCCGGUGCACGUCGGACAUGUCGCAUAGAAAGUUCAGUGCUCCCCGUCAUGGGUCGAUGGGGUUCUACCCGAAGAAGCGAUCCAGGCGUCAUAGGGGAAAGGUCAAGUCCUUUCCUGCUGAUAAUCCUUCCAAACCAGUUCACCUUACUGCUUUCAUUGGCUAUAAGGCUGGCAUGACUCAUGUUGUGCGAGAGGCUGAUCGUCCUGGAUCAAAGGUCCAUAAGAAGGAGAUUGUGGAAGCUGUUACCAUCUUGGAAACCCCCCCAAUGCGAAUAGUUGGAAUCAUUGGAUACAUUGAAACGCCCCGAGGCCUACGAUCCCUGAAGACUGUGUGGGCUGCCCACAUUGGAGAAGACUGCAGGCGUCGCUUCUACAAGAACUGGUAUAAAUCCAAGAAGAAGAAGGCCUUCACCAAGUCUUGCAAGAAAUGGCAGGAUGAGAUGGGGCAGAAGCAGAUUGAGAAAGACCUGAAGACAAUGAAGCGUUACUGCAAGGUUAUCAGAGUUAUUGCCCACACUCAGAUGAAGCUGCUUCGCAAAAGGCAGAAGAAGGCUCACAUCAUGGAGAUCCAGCUAAAUGGAGGCACUGUCCCCCAGAAAGUGGACUGGGCAAAGGAACAUCUUGAGAAGCAAGUCCCUGUGUCACAUGUGUUUGCCCAGAAUGAGAUGAUUGAUGUCAUUGGAGUCACCAAGGGAAAGGGAUACAAGGGUGUGACAUCUCGAUGGCACACAAAGAAGCUGCCUCGCAAGACCCACAAGGGAUUGCGCAAAGUGGCUUGUAUUGGAGCUUGGCAUCCAUCUCGAGUCCAGUUCACUGUAGCCCGAGCAGGUCAGAAGGGCUACCAUCAUCGCACUGAGGUGAACAAGAAGAUCUAUCGUAUUGGCCAGGGCAUCCACACCAAGGAUGGCAAGUAUGACUUGAGUGAGAAGAGCAUCACUCCUAUGGGUGGAUUCCCCCAUUAUGGUGAAGUAAACUGUGACUUCCUCAUGAUCAAGGGCUGCUGCAUGGGACCCAAGAAGAGGGUCAUCACUCUGCGCAAGACCAUGCGCACGCAUGUGAAGCGUGCUGCCUUGGAAGAGAUCAACCUGAAGUUUAUCGACACCUCCUCGAAGUUUGGGCAUGGACGAUUCCAGACUCCAGCCGACAAGAUGUCCUUCAUGGGUCCACUCAAGAAGGAUCGCAUUGCCGAGGAAACUGCCGCAACUGUUUAAAAUCUCUUGCCAGGGUGUUGAAUUGCAAAAUAAAGGAUUUGCAUUAUUGCAGAGACCA